AUGCACGCUGCGUCCGCAACAGCCCGAAAGUUUGCUCAACUCCGCGGGCGGACGCGGCGGUCGGGAAGCCGCAGCGCACGCCUCCCCCCGCAGGGGACACUGAGGCAGCGCAGCCCCCGCGCGCGGAGUGGCCAGCGGCCGGGGGACCCUGGGAGAGCCACUCCCCGGAGGGAAGGGGACAGUUACCUUGAAGAGUUGGACGCCCUUCGUAAGAACUUCGGUGCCACACAGCUGGCGGGGCGGCCGGGGUCUCGCGGGGCCGGGAGGCCCGGGGCUGGCGGCGCCGCGGGGGAGACGCUCUGCGCGCGCGCCGCGCACCCCUCCUGCCGCGGGCGUCCUGUCCGCAGGUCCCCUCAGGCGGCGGCCGCGGCGGCAGCGGCUGGGUUGCGGAGUCCCGGCUGGCCGAGGCAAGGGCCACUGCAAGGUGCCCGGAGCCCCUGGCGCCCGCGUCAGAUGCCGGCCGGCGAGCGCGCGGAAGGAGAGACCUGGAGCGGCGCGGGCGCGUCCUCAGCUCUGCGAGCCCCCUCUCGAGCGGCGGGGAGUACACUGGGAACCCCAGUCCCUGGAAAUGGACCCGGAUUCUCUGGAGCUAAGGGCCCUUGGCAAAGGGAGCCUGUGCCUUGAGCACGUCUGGACACAAAGGA